UGAACACAAUCAGUCACACAUCUACUGGUUAGUGGUUGAUCUGGGAGAUGGUAUUAUUGAUUCAAUCCAGCAACAAGUACCUGAGAGUUUAAUACAAGAUGCUGUUAUCAUCUCACUGGGGAAGCAACUGGAAAGGAGGUUAUUCAUGAUGUCAGAAACUGCAAGGACUGAAGAAGGUAGUUCAAAGAACAUUCGUGGUGACCCACCUAAGAUCAAUAUUGCUCUUCCUGAGAAAAGUGAAGUAACCCAGAAUUAUAAAUGUUGGAAGGAUGUUCAACUCCCAAUUGACAUUUUGUUGCUAACAGUGGAGGACUGUGAGUUCAUAAGUUGCUACUAUUACAUUGUUGAUCCAUUCACAAGCUAUUGUUACGAGCUUGGUCAAGUAUACUUUGGCAGCAUUGGUAAAGAUCACGAUGUUAAAAUGAAAGUUGCUUUGAUGAUAUGCCCAGGGGGUUUUAAAGCUCCUGGUAGUUCUUUGACUGUUGUAAAAAAUGCUGUCACUCAGCUGAGACCAAAGGCUGUGUUUUCUGUGGGGCACUGUAGUGGUAUGAAUCAGGAAACAACAAAGCUGGGGGAUGUGGUUCUAUCAGAAAAGCUCACAACCUAUUCCUAUCAGAGGUUUACAAAGGAUGGCACAGAGUUUUGUGGGGUCACAGUUCCUGUCAGCAGAGACAUUGAUAACAUCAUCAGAUAUGUAGGAUAUGGUUGGAAUCCACCCCUAAAAUAUCCUAAAGAAAGGAAAGUUGAAGUCCACUGUGGUGAGGUUUUGAGUGGCUCUGAGCUUGUGCAAGUUGAGUGGCGACGAAAUGAACUUGUGGAGUCAUUUCCUGGAGCAAUUGCAAUUGAAACAGAAGGAGAGGGAAUUUACAGUGCAGCGCGUGGUCUUAAAAUGGAAUGGGUUGUUGUCAAGGGUAUUUCAGGUUAUGCAGAUGGGACUGAAACAAAAGAAAGCUGGAAAACAUUUGCAAGUGUAACAGCAGCUUCUCUUGUUGUCGACAUUCUAAAUAAACGCAGUAUUUUUGAACGUUGGCAACAUUACAAAGGUGAUAAAGCCAAAUUAUCAAUGCUACCUAAACAAAAGAAGUCUUAUGAUAAUUCAACUGAGAGACGACAUUCACUACUGGGUGAAAGAGUUUGGGUUGAGCCAUCCUGGUCUAGUGCCCAUUCUUUCCAUCUGCAACAUGCUUCGUCUGGCAAAACACCAGGUGCUGCCGCUUUGGUAACCCAGUACGGUGAUGCAAUCAACACUUCUGACUUUGUUCCAAAUGUACAAGGAGCGUGGGGCCUGUCUGUACAAACCAAAUGUUCUGAAACUAAACAAACCUGCGAGAAGCAAUAUCAUGAGCUUAUGACCUUACGACUGUCCGAAAUACUGCCUUGUGAUAAUAAUGGAAUGCGUGCGUAUCACAACUCGGCACUGCAGGAAACUGAAAAGCUUUUCUUGGGGGAGGUGAUCGGCAUUACAACAAACACUGUCGAGAAGCAACUAAGGCAACUUAAGAUGUCUGUAAGGCGACAGUUGAAGGAGUGGCAGGCUAAGAAUUCAGAAGUUACGAAAAAAGGUUGCGAAAAACUUCUGUCAGAAUUAAAAGCAAAACACUUAGAUCCAGUUAUUGAACAACUGCAAGGAAGAGAUGGUUCGAAAUUAGCAUUUGAUGACAUCCUGGGAGUUUACAGACGUAUCAAAAAUGACUACGAUGCAAAAGCAAAGGGUGCUGAAGAUGCCAUUGCUGCUGCGUUCGCCGACUUUCAUCCUAAAAUAGCAGCGGAAAUCAAGCAAUACUCGGGUAUCUUAAGGAAACUGAAAGAUUUUGACGAACGAGCAGCGAGAGACAAAGCAGCCGAAGCUUACGUGGAGAGGGAAAGGAGACGACUUGAGGAAGAGCAGAUGCGCUUGGAGCAAGAAAACCGCGAACGAGAAAACGAGAUGGUAAUGCUGAUCACCAGAUUAGGAGAGGAAAGAGCUGGAAUGCUAGAGAAAAUGAGUAAUGAGAUUAAACUAGAAAAAGAACAAUUGCAGACAAUGGGGGAUGCGGGCUUAGCAGAUGCCAAGCUAAAACGAAAAGCUUUCAUUGAAGCGAACCGUGCCCUAGAAGUACGGUUACUGCAAAUUCAAAAGAAAAACGAGGAACAUAUGAAAAUGAUGCAAAGGUUUUCAGAAAUGAUCGCAAAACACCAAAGGGAAAAAAGAGAGCUUCGAACAACUGAGCAACUGAAAGAACUUCCUCAAGAAGAGGUCGAAGAGUCCUUGAAGGAGCUGAGACGAAGGCAAUCAGAAGAGAAAAAUGAACUCCUGAGGAAGAUGGAUAUUUGUCUGGAUCUCAACAUUUCAAGACUAAAACCUUCUUAUUCCAUCGAGACGAAAUAUAACGGAUGUGAUAAAAAACUGGAGGAAGUUCCUCAGAUGAUGACCUCGAGGACUCAAAUGGUUAACGAUCUAAGGACAAGGAUUGAAGAGAACGAAAAGGAACAAGAGUCUCUCGUAAGGAUGGUCCUUCGUGGUACUGGUCCAGCGGCCCUGUAUCCUCCAUCGUCGCCUUAUGCUGGAGAAGUCGUCGACAGUAUCGCUGUUUUUGCUGAAGCUUCGUCGAAUAUUGACUGCGUUGUCAUGUAAAGAACACUGCAGUUGUUUCCGGACAUGAAAAGCGUAAAUGUCUUCAACUUCCAAUAAAAAAUAUUUGUAAUAAUCGUACUAAUCACCACUUAAGGAUACGGUACACGUUCGCAGGCCAAAUUUGGCCAAUUUUUUUUUCCACCUCCAAAAAAGCAUCUUUAUUUUAACUACAGUUUCCAAAAAAAUUACUUUUGCUGAGCAGCGAGCGUAGCGAACGAGCAGCAUCAUAAACAGGAUUGGAAAAGAAUAUAGGGGAUGCGAAUUCACGAAUUCAUCACUUUUUACCAGAAUGCAUUGCAGCUUUUAACCAGAGUGCACCAUAUCACGAUUGUUGUGUUUAGUGUCUUGCGUUACUUGAUCACUGGAUGAAGGACAGUUGAAUUAGAGCCAUCAAAGGAGUCACUUGAUCAAUGAACAACUUUACCUUGCAUAAGUUGACACGCUGGUAAGCUGGAAAGCAAAAGGCAGUUGACCAAUGGUGUUCAUAGGGCCGGUGCGACUCCUGCCAUUCGCUAGCGCUUUUAAAUCUUUUACCCUCAAAAUUAAGCUCUUAUUAAGAUGUCUUUUAAUGACUUUCCUUUGCGAUGUCAGUUUUGAGAUGUCAUUUCCCCAUCUGUUUGUUAUUGAGGUUUCUGUCAUUGUUAGCGCUACUUUCUCCGUUUUUAGCUUAUUUUCUUUCCCGUAGAAAUUAACUUGAGAGAUACGUUACUCAAUGUAAGUGUUGGAUCACGCAGGUAGAUGAAUCAUUGCGUAAAUUAAGUCACUAUCCACAGAAUGUGCCGUGGCAUUACUAUCUUUUAGGGACACUAGUUAAAUAUUGAAAUGCAUAAGAGUUAUUGGCAAAAACGCUUUUUCGAACUGAAUUCCUUCAGCCGCCAAAGUGUGAAAAGCCAAUUAUAAUGUGACAACACUAAAGACUCCCUUUAUGUGUUUCGCGCCUAUAUCAAACUCUUUCCCCAGCGCAACAAACAUGGAACCGAGAAAAGGUGUACGCGACCACUUACCACACGUAUUGGCGGACAGGCCAAAGAGAUAAUUAAAAAAAACAAAGCGAUUUUGCAUUGAAUACUCAACACACACCCCGUUAGAAAGGCGAAUCCUCAGAAGAGGGAUACAAAACUGUGUGAUAUUGAGAUCAGGGAGGUUGAAAAUUCAUUACGCUGGCUAUUGCACAUGCUUCUAUGAAUGGAGACCCUUCGGGUCGAUGGAGAAUCUGGAUAUUUUCCGUUUCUUCGCAGCCUUUCAUUCCACCCGAAAACUCUUUAGAGGAUAGAAAAGAAUCGUUCCAUGGCCAACUUGCACAUGAAAUAAAGAAAACGCUUUGGUCUGGACAGCGAGAGGACCCUGAUAAAACAAUAGACCUUAAUGUUAACCAAGAUGUUUUCAUGGAAGGUCUU